AUGAAUGGCCACGAGACAAGAAAGGAAACCCUACCCCGUCGCCGCUGCCGGGCGGCCGCCACCCACGCCGUGCCCCGUCCGGCCGUCGCGUUCGGCCGUUCGGCCUUCGCUCUACCCAGCAGGCCGGCAAUCUUCCCCUUCCGUCCCCUUCUUCGUUGCUUCCCCAGGCAAUUGCCCCGGCGAGGCGUCGACCCCGUUCGAUCUCGAGGAGGAGCAACCCCGGCGGCCUGCGCCCUUCGGCAUUCCGCCUCAGAAGCAGCAGCAACAAAGUUUCUCGCCCGGGGCGUCAGCCAGUCCGGGCUCUACGGAUGGGCGCCGCCGCGGGAGUUCUGCGGACGACGGUGGCGGACAGCUCCAGGAACGAGGAGGAAGAGGAGCAGCAGUGUCACAUCUGCCGCCACCCCGCCGAGCCGGAGCGCCCCCUGCGCCUGCCGCGGCAGCAUCCGCUUCGUCCAUGAUGACUGCCAGCUCCAGUGGCUCUCCACCACCCGCCAGCGCCGCUGCGAGGUGUGCGGACAGGAGAUCUCUAUCCGCCCCAUCCACGGCGUGGAUGCCUCGGCCCUGGCAACGCUUGCGAGUCUCAUUGUAUCACUGUUGUGCCUCAUCCUGACAGUCAAGGUUGCCUGGGAGCUCACCAGCCUGUACCUAUGGCGCCUCGCGCUCGCCAGGAGCCGCGCCGAGGCCUUCCGUCUGCUCUCCGUCCGCCCCUUUGAACCUCCUGUCCUUGCUCAACUGGCGCUCCGAGCUGAACGCGUGUUUCACGCAAAGUACGGGGGACGUCGGAGCCGCUGCCAGGUCGCCGUGCUGCGCCUCCUUCAGUUUUCCGUGGCGGUGACAAUGGUUGACAUGGUUCUGGCCUGUACAUCUGCAUUUACCCCUUUCACACUUGGAAGGAUAAUCCUAUUGUGCACAGGUGAAUUCGACUCCUUUGCUGCAACACCCUCUGUCCUCCUAGUCGGAUAUUGGUUUAUCUUCUCGCUGGCGCUGGGUGCCACUUUCGCUUGGGUUCUUCAUACUACUGGGGGCGUCUUCCCGAGACUCGCCAGGGGCUUCCGCGCGCUCUGCCGUCUACCUGAGCUGGCCUGGGACUUCUGCGUCUAUGACCUUGAUAAGUAUGUCGUGGAUGAGCCUAUUGUCAUUGGGCAGAGGUUGGAAGAUGUCGCCGACGGUAGGUGAAAGCGGGGAACUCUGUUUCCAGUAGUUGGUAGGAACAGGGAUCUGGUGAUAUAUACAGUAUAUAUAUGUAUACCAUGCAUACUUAGGAAUAUAUAUAUAGGCCACGUUAUUGAGAUGAUGCUAGGCAUAUAAAUUUCUGGUGAAACUUGUAGAUGUGGAUGCAGUUUCCCAUGUGGAAGUUACCGAGGGUUG